GUCACUACGCGGCGACAGUGUCUACGGCCUAAACGGGGGCUCAGUGAUCGCGCGGAGGUCGGGUAGACCCGUUGGUUGCUGUUGGUUGCGCAACUGCGAGUAGAAAUGCCGUUUUACCAAUACAACUCGUUCACCGGCAGGCUGAAGCCGUCCGGGAACCUUCAGCCGCUGUAUCCCAUCUCUCCUCUUCCUUUACAGAAGUCAGAGCCAGUGAUGAUUUACGACUCCAUCAAGACGAAGCCGGUGACGGUUACGCCCAAGGCGAGCUACUGCACCGACAAACCGCCCACCCUUGACCCGAAAUUGUGGUCGAAGUACAAGCACUUCCAGGCUGCGAUAGAGAAGCCGGUGUACCUGGCAGGUGGCAAGAAGGACAAGAUGCUGUUCGCAUUCACAGUCGCGUACGUCAGCGUUUGUACGGUACAGUCACUCGUGUUUGUCGCGAAGGAAUGCUUAAAUCUUAUAUAAACAGAAUAAGUGGGUAUUGUGUAGAUAAUAAAUAUUGUAUAGAUUCUUCUGCUAUCGCGAUUCCGCAUUGGCACUGCGAGUGUUAAUGCUGGAAAAUAAAAGAUAAUUGUCAGAUUUCA